AUGCCUGCUUCACUGCCACUCAACUGCUGGCUCUCGUCUUUGGGCCAGUUGCCCCGCACGCCGCAUUUCGGGCUCAGCUGUUGCGACCUCGGCAACAAGAUGUUUCCCCCGCGGGCCCGAAUGAGUUGCACGAAUUUGUUGCGUUUCAAUGCAGAUGCCCAUCAACUUUCAGCUGUUUGUUCACAUGUUUGCGUGCUGGGCCAAGCGAGCUUCAAUUCAGGUUGUGUGCCAGCUGAGGCGUCAGUCAUGCUGCAAUUCUGGAAAUGGCCCAGGUGCAGCACUGCCCGAAGUUUGAAGCACAGCGCCGACCUAGCUGUGGCGGGAAAACACGCCAGCCAGCCCGGCUUCCAGCGAUCAGGGUUGACGCGUGACUUGUUGCAACACAAGCGCCAACACCUGCUGCUUCUCCAGUUUGUCUCAUUCUCACAGUCUGCAGCCAGCAAUUGA